AUGUCAUCACUCAAUCCGCGUACUACCUCGGCUUUUGAGGCCGCCUCUGUGGGGCGUGACAUGUCUCCGGGGAGUUCUCCACCCAACUCGACCUCAAUUCUUCCUAUCCAAGCUUCCAUCCCAAUCCUUUGCCCUAUUCCUCUUGAUAGUAAUCCUCCCGACUCUUCUCGUCCUUAUCCUCACAGUUCGACCUCCGGGGUUGCCCCUUCGAGACGUCGUCAUCACCGGAUUCGCGGUUCAUCCGAGGAGGAGAAAGAAGAGGAAGAGGCCAUACUUGUUCGCACUCUCCCCGAGUCGACCAAUCAAAGGGACACAUUGGUCGACUACGAGCAUCGGGGAAAGGAGAUCCGAAUCGACGAGGAUACACUUGUUGUGCCUCCCCGUUCCUCCGCCACUACGGCCAAGGCCUCGACCAUCGCGUCGUACCUGGCCAAUGUCUUGGUGGGUCUUGCGCCCAUGCUCAAUGAGGAUUUGGCCAAUCAGAACAAGCUCCACCAGGAGGUAGCUCGACAAAAAGGAGAUCUCCGCCUCCUGAGUCAACACGCCGAUCAGUUGACCCUUAACAACAAUGGUCUCCGCAAGAAGUGGCCACACUGA